AACUUUGGCUCUAUGAUUUGCUACUCAAUAUUGGGCCCAUUUUUUCCCACCGAGGCAGUGAAGAAAGGAGCCAGUCAGACUGUAGUUGGUCUCAUAUUUGGGUGUUAUGCUGUCUCCAAUUUAAUUAGUUCAUUGAUACUGGGAAAAUAUAUUGUCCAGAUUGGUGCAAAGUUCAUGCUUAUUGCAGGACUUUUUGUAUCAUCGUGCUGCACUAUUAUAUUUGGAUUUCUUGAUCGGGCUCCUGCAGGACCUAUAUUCAUCAGUCUGUGCUUUGUUGUGAGGUCGCUUGAUGCUGUCGGCUUUGGCGCUGCUACAAUGUCUGCUUUCGCCAUCACAGCACAAAUAUUCCCAAACAAUGUGGCAACUGUUCUGGGUAUUUUGGAGAUUUUUGCAGGACUCGGCCUUAUCCUGGGACCACCACUGGGAGGGUGGCUCUACCAGACUUUUGGAUACAAUGUCCCUUUUUUAAGUCUUGGAUGCUUGCUGUUGAUUAUGGUUCCUUUCAACAUUUACGUCCUGCCGUCCAUUGAGGCAGUCCCAUCGAAGGAUUCAUUCUUUCGACUACUCACCCACGUGAAAACAAUCCUGGUUUGCUACGUGGUAUUCACUCUCAGUGCAGGUGUGGGCUUUUUGGAUGCCACUUUGUCACUGUUUGCUAUUAACAGGUUUGGUCUCUCAAAUGGCUACGUGGGACUAAUAAUGCUUGGUUUGCCUUUAGUGUAUAUUCUGGCAUCACCGCUGAUGGGGUAUUUCACAGAUAAAUAUCCUGCCACUAGGAACGCUCUCUUGGUGACAGGCGGCAUCGCUGCUACAAUUGGCUUCUGUCUUCUUGGUCCCGCCCCUUUUCUUCACAUCCAGAGUCAGCUGUGGUUGCUGGUCGUCAUGCUUGGUCUAAUUGGGCUUUCUCUGGCAAUAAGUGUAAUCUCCAUAUUCCCUGAGCUCAUUUCAUGUGCACAUGAAAUAGGAUUUGAAGAGGGGCUAAGUACACUUGGAAUGGUGUCUGGGUUAUAUGAAGCAGUGUGGUGCACUGGGACGUUUUAUGGCCCCAUUGUGGGAGGAAUUAUUGUUCAACAGCUCGGCUUUGAAUGGGCUGCUGUAGUUCAAGGAGCGUUGGCAUUUUUGGGUGCAUUUCUCAUCUUCAUGUAUUCUCUCUGUCAACGGACAAAACGACAAAGGGUCCAAGAAAACAACCAACAAGCAGAUGAAAGAACCCCUCUCCUAUGAUCCUGUGUUCCAGCUCCAAGUUACACAACUUUUUAAACAACUUAUCAGUCAUUAUUUGUUAUCAAGCUGAUAUUGUUUUAAUGUUGUGUCUUUUAGUUAUUUUUAUCUGGUCCUAGUUAAGGCAUGUGCUAUAGUGGGAAUUCCCUGAGAGGUAUUUUAAGAAAAAAGCUAGAUACAUUCAUGGAGUGGGUCCAGCUGCAUUCCCAACAGGUUCCCAGAUAUAUUUGAGCAUUUAUUUGGGGAGCAACAUGCACAUUAAAAUUUAAACACUAAGUUAGGAUCCCAUGCAGGUAUCCACAAACACCUGCCAAAGUACUUUACACUGCCUUGUAAUAGUUUUUCCAACACUGCCAUGAUGACUCACACAAUAACACCAGCCACCCACAGUUUGGUUAGUAAGAAUGAGUUUUUAUGGCCAAUGGCUUAAAAGUAAAGCAGUGCAAGUUAUACAGGUCAAUAUGAACCUUUCAUACUGUGCUAAUUCUUCAAACAGGGAAUUUAUUGCAGAUUUCACUGCAGUUAGAAAUGUUGAAUGUUUUACCUUCUUUUCUGCCUGCAUUAUAGAUUUAUUUAACACUGAUAUUGAGGUUUUUUCACAAAUAUUUUGUACAUUAGCAUUCAAAUGUGACAAUGUAAGGGACUGCAAAGACUGCUUAUUAUAAAGUACAAAAAAUAUGUUUAUCAGCAUUAUACAAUUACAAUAUUUUUAUAAACAUAUUUAACAAAUUUAAUCUGUAUUAGGUACAAUAUAAACUGUGACUUUGCAAAACUAAAAAAAUAUUUACAAACAACAAAAAGUGAAAAAUAGAUCA